AUGAAUUUUUUUAAGUUUUUCUUCCUCUCUACUGUUGGACUACUUUUGUCUACCAACACUUUCGUUGUACCAAAACAUGUUGAAACAAAAACCAAAAACUUUUCUGGAGCCGACGGCGACGAAGUGGUAAAAAAACUGCCGCUGGUAGACUUUCCGCUAAAAUACCGCCACUACUCCGGCUACCUGGAUUCCAUUGAAGACAUCAAACUGCACUACUGGUUCUUUGAGUCGCAAAAUAAACCCAAAGAGGAUCCAGUGGUACUUUGGCUCACCGGCGGACCAGGCUGCUCGUCCCUUUUUGGCGCCUUUGGCGAAAAUGGCCCACUUCUCAUUCAGGCAAACGGCAGCAUCACAGAAAAUCCUUUUUCCUGGAACCGGAACGCCAGCGUCCUCUACCUCGAGUCGCCCGUCUACACUGGUUUUUCACUCCCUACUCAUCCCGACAACCUUCCGCCAAAUAACACCGACGAGCGAACUGUGGCACAGAAUUUCGCUGCUUUAAAAUUCUUCUUCACCGUCAAAUUUCCCCAUCUCACCUCAAACCCCUUCUACAUCACCGGCGAGUCCUACGCCGGCCGCUACGUUCCACAGCUGUCAGUAGAGUUGCUGGGACAGAAAUUCCCGCCGAACUUCCGGGGAGUGGCAAUUGGAAACGGCUAUCUAACUUCCGACAGCCACGUGAACCUGUUCGCCUACUACCACGGCAUCACCGAUUCAGUGAACAGUAGUGAGGAUGAUUUUUACGCUCUGCUCAGCCGUCUGCACAUUGACCAGUACAACAUUCUCAAGGAGGAAAGUAAUGUCAUCGACAACCACCUGACUGACUACUUCAAUCGGGCCGACCUUCAAAGGGUAAUUCACGUAAGUCUUAAUCAAGGCAAAAGGUGGACAAUGUGCGGCGGCAAUGACCACUACAAUGCCCCAAAUGGCGGAAAUGUUGCUACUGAGCUGAAGAAGAUGGUAGACAGCGGUCGGCUGAAGGUGAUCCUCUACAAUGGAGACCUCGACUCGGUGUGCAACUUUGUCGGCGAUCAGAUGCUCAUCGAUGGCCUUGGCUACCAAACAGCUACUGAAAGAGAUGCCUGGUUCGACUACAGUGGAAAAGUGGGAGGUUUUGGUAAAAA